AUGAAGAUUUCAGGUCGAACCUUUAUCGUCUCCGGCGGCGCCUCGGGCCUCGGGCGGGCCUGCGUCGAGGACCUCAUCAAGCAUGGCGCCAACGUCGCCAUCCUCGACAUGAACGAGGACGGCAAGGACCUCGCCGCCGAGCUGGGCUCGUCGGCCAAGUUCUUCGUCUGCGACGUGCUGGACUCGUUGUCCAUCUCCAAGGCCGUCGAGGGCGCCGCGGAAUGGGCCCAGCAGACGAAACGCCCCGUGGGAGGCGUCAUUCCCGCCGCCGGAGUCUCGACACCAGCUACUAUCCUCGACCGCAACGGCUCCCCGUUCAGCCUCGACGACGUCGACUUCGUGCUGGGCGUCAACCUACGCGGGACCAUCGACCUCGUGCGGCAGGCGGUCGCGCACAUUGCCAAGUCGGAGCCGGACGCGGACGGCGAGCGCGGCGUGGUCAUCAUGGUGGCCAGCUCGGCGGCGUUCGACGGGCAAAAGGGCCAGAUCUCGUACUCGGCCAGCAAGGGCGCCGUGGCGUCCAUGACGCUGCCCAUGGCGCGCGACCUGGCGCGGCACGGCAUCCGCUGCAACACCAUCGCGCCCAGCCUCUUCGAGACGCGCAUGACGAGCGCCAUGUCGGGCAAGGUGCGCAAGAGCCUCGAGGCCACGUUUGAGUUCCCCCGGCGGGCCGGCCGCCCGGAUGAGUUUGCCCUGCUGGCGAGGCAGUGCAUCGAGAACUCGAUGCUCAACGGGACGGUCAUUCGCAUCGACGGAGGGUCGCGGCCGAGCAAGAUUUAG